CUUUGUCUUACUAUCAUGUCGGCAUAUGAUCAUGUUAGUGGAGGAUCACUCAAAUUCAAAGGAGGAGGGUCAUCAUCCUCUUCAAUAAAAAAAAAGAAAAAGAAAUCCAAAUCAAAUCAUGAAAAAAUGGUCAAGGCGAUUGAAUCAGCAUCUGAAGAUCAUCAAAAAGUGACACAAACGAUACAUAAAACUGAGGCUGAACGCAAGUUUGAAGAAACAAAACGAAAAAGGCAAAUGGAACGGGUGUCCAAGGCUGCUGGAAAAUCGCACAAGGAAAGAGUAGCUGAAUUCAAUAACAAAUUAGAACAUCUCAGUGAACAUUAUGAUAUCCCCAAGGUUGGUCCUGGAUAACACUUAUCUAGUCAUUACUUUUUCUUCCUUUCAUUCUUUUUUCUCUCCUUUUGCCAUUCCCGUUAUAGUUUUUUUUUUUUUAUUUUUUUGUUUAUUGGUUAUCAU